GGAGGCUGUGCCCUAAUAUGGUUUUUAGUUUUUGCAGAACAACGUGUUCGGCAGGCACCACAGUCCACGAACAGCGAGGGCCACGGGAUAUCGCUGAGGACAAUUCUGCCUCGGGACCGUUGUUUGCUUGUCUCAACGGCAUCGUCAUUGUUGUUCGCAUGCAUUGAUCGGAUUUCCAUUAGCUUCAUAGCUCUGAAGUCCGGUUUGGAGAGUGGCGGAUUUUGGAUUGUAAGGUGUCCAGAAGAGGUAGUUGCAAUGGUGUCUGCUGAGGCAGACGUGACUGUGGAGCAAGGAUUCCUCGAGGUUGUGGGAGACCGGAUUAAAGAUGUCGAUUCUAUCAUUAUCGACUACGUCGUGAAAGUUCUCCAGGAUGAGACGUUCGAUUUUGGACCCGAGGGGAAGGAAGCGUACGAUGCCGUUGGCGCGCUCCUCGUCGCUGCGGAGCUGGUCGACGAUGAAAAACAAGCGAAAGUGCUGUGUGCAAAACUUGCAAGCCGCUUUGGUGCUCGAGGAGGCGAUAAGUCACAGGAAAGCUUUCGUAAAAUGGCUGCACCUGUUCGCAUGUCAGAUGGGAUGGCUGGAUCUGCACCCGCGGCGAAACUUGAGGAUCCGCAAACAUUACCAGAAAUUUCAGAGAGAGACUUGGCCAAGAUUGAACGACGCAGAAGGAAAGAGGAGCGUCAGCGUCUGGCCGAUUAUCAGGCCCACGUGGCUGCUGCUGAGGCAGCUAAUGUAGGCAUGCCUGCUGUCAUGGUAAAUCAUGGUGGUGUUGGUGAAGGAGCUGUGGCGAAAGAUAUACGCAUGGAGAAUUUCAGCAUUUCCAUGGGAGGUCGCGAGCUUAUCAACGAAGCCACAGUCACCCUUGCACAUGGCAGGCGCUAUGGUCUUGUUGGCAGAAACGGAACAGGGAAGACUACGCUAUUGAAGCACAUGGCGAUGCAUGCUAUAGAUGGCAUUCCGCGGAAUUGUCAGAUUCUGCAUGUGGAACAAGAGGUCGUGGGAGAUGACACUACAGUUCUUCAGUGUGUUCUGGAUUCAGAUGUAGAGCGCAAGCUGCUAAUGGAAGAGGAGGCUCAAUUGGCUCAGCAGAAAGCAACAGUGCCUACAUCAACUGAAGGCACCACAUUAGUGAAGGCUGAUGGAAAGAUAGCAGAAAAUGCGGGUGAUAAGGAAGAUCCUGUGUCUGCUCGGCUUGCACAAAUUUACAAGAGAUUAGAGCUGAUCGAUGCCUAUUCAGCAGAAGCCCGCGCUUCCGCUAUUCUCGCUGGAUUGAGUUUCACAGCAGAUAUGCAAACGAGGAAAACAAGGACCUUUUCAGGAGGUUGGCGUAUGAGGAUUGCAUUAGCUCGAGCUCUAUUCAUCGAGCCGGAUCUACUGCUUUUAGACGAACCUACGAACCAUUUGGAUCUGCAUGCAGUGUUGUGGUUGGAGUCUUAUUUGCUCAAGUGGCCAAAAACAUUGAUAGUGGUGUCCCAUGCGCGUGAGUUCCUAAAUUCGGUUGUUACAGAUAUUCUUCUCCUUCAAAACCAGAAAAUAGUGACCUACAAGGGCGAUUAUGACACAUUUGAACGAACUCGUGAUGAGCGCGUUCGAAACCAGAUGAAAGCACACGAGGCGAAUGAGCGGACUCGUAGUCACAUUCAAGCUUUCGUAGAUAAAUUUAGAUACAAUGCCAAAAGAGCAUCUCUUGUGCAAUCCAGAAUCAAGGCUUUGGAGCGAAUCGGCCAUGUUGAUGCAGUCGUCAAUGAUCCAGACUACAAGUUUGAAUUUCCAACGCCUGAAGAUAAACCCCAAGCACCUAUCAUUAGUUUUAGUGACGCAUCUUUUGGAUACCCUGGCGGUCCUAUACUGUUCAAGAAUUUAAAUUUUGGAAUUGACCUCGACAGUCGAUUAGCAAUGGUGGGUCCAAAUGGUAUUGGAAAGUCUACAUUGUUGAAGUUAAUUUCAGGAGAGUUGGAGCCUAUAUCCGGAACCGUGUUUAGAUCGGCGAAGGUUCGUAUGGCAGUCUUUAGUCAGCAUCAUGUUGAUGGCUUGGAUCUCUCAUCAACGCCUCUUCUCUACAUGGCACACUGUUUCCCUGGUGUAUUGGAGCAACGUCUGCGUGCCCACCUAGGUUCAUUUGGAAUCACGGGCAACCUGGCUUUGCAAUCUAUGUACACACUUUCAGGUGGUCAAAAGAGUAGGGUAGCUUUUGCAAAAAUCACUUUCAACAAGCCUCAUAUAUUACUGCUGGAUGAGCCAUCCAAUCACUUGGAUCUUGAUGCUGUGGAGGCCCUUAUACAAGGGCUUGCUUUAUUUCAAGGAGGCGUGCUCAUGGUGAGCCACGACGAGCAUUUAAUUUCAGGAAGUGUAGAUGAACUUUGGUGUGUUUCGGACGGUAAGGCGACGCCGUUCCAUGGUACCUUCGCUGAAUACAAAAAGACGCUGAAAAUCUAAGAUUUUGUGAAUAUCUGGUUUGGAAUAUGUUUCACUUUCCAAUCAGCUAUGGCGAGCUUUUAAGAGUAGUACAACGAAAUCAUUGCUCGUCUCAGAUCAAGUUUAUUUAUUAGAGAUAGAGCAACAAUAGUUGUUGAGCAGUAUAGAAAUAAUCAUCUCCAGUAAGAGAACAAGGGUUGUAAUGUAUUCGGCUCUGGCUCAUCACCAACGACAAGUUCUUCGACUUGCUAUUGUGCUA